AUGAAAUUAUUUUUAACUAUGGGUGUCUCUGGGGUUUCAGUCGACGGUGAGGCAGCAGUGCCUGUAUACGUGUACGAGUCCAAAGUCCACUGUACCAAUGUCUUGCUGAGCCUGGAGGAGCAGCGGAGACAAGGCAUCUUGUGUGAUGUCACUGUGUUGGUGGAAGGCAGGGAGGUUCGAGCACACAGAGCUGUCCUUGCUGCUAGUAGCCGCUACUUCCUACAAGCCCUGCUUGGAUACAACGCGCCGUCAGGGGAGCCCAUCAUUAACCUACCUGACAAGGUCACUGCAAAGGGUUUUGCCCCGCUGCUUCAGUUUGCCUACACAGCCAAGCUUAUUUUAAGCCGAGAAAACAUCCAUGAGGUCAUCCUUUGUGCUGACUUCCUGGGUGUUCACAAUUUGGAGGAUUCCUGUUUCCGGUUUCUUCAAGCCCAGCUACAGAAUGACAGCCAGCUCACAAGUAAUGGCAAGGUGGUAUAUGAUGAUGACGUGGCCAAUAAUACUGUAUUUUCAGAGACAAUAUACACAGAAAAUUCUUCAGACAGUAGGCAGCACACCAGCAAUGUAGCAAUCACAAAGCCACUUCCAACAGACCUUCCUCAAUGCGCUUCAUACAGGAAAUAUCAGUAUCAGCACAACACUGAAACCCAUGAUGAUGAGGAUGAACAUAAUGAUAAUGAUAAUGAUGAUGGGGAUGAUGACGAUGACAUCAUUUUAGGCAACAAUACCUCCACUAGCCCAGUGAGCUCACAGCUCACAGACUGCUCGGAUGUCACGCAAACACUUCUUAGCCCCACCAGAAUCAAAGAGGAACCCGUCUUUGAUGACGAAGGAGACGAUCGGCGUGGAUGCAACCCAGAUUUGUGUACGGAAGAGGUGCUGGAGAUGGAACUGGAGGUUGAAGGGGUUCCUUUAGCAGUUGAGCAUUAUCCCAGCAGGGGCUCACCUUCGCCCUGCCUGCGCUCUUACCUCCAAAGAGGAGGGCUGGAUCUUAGCACCAUGCCAAAUACUACCAUCGAGCAACUCCUCUCCAAUAGACUCUCCCUCAAUCACUACAGGGAACUCGUCAAACAUAGGCAAAAGGACAAAAAAGAAGCGACGGUGAGCCUCAAAACUGGCAUUGCAGACGUACCAGAAGCACUGACCAACAAUGACAGCCCCAUGCCUAAAGCCUCUUCAUCCAAAUAUGAGGGGGAGUUAGACAGGCGCAGUGUCAUUUUUUCUUCGGCUGUAAGCGAUCAGCAACAAAUGAUGGCCCACUACGGAGAUGAAAAAUUCAGUGAAAAGAUCCCAGGCCUGAUGCAGAUUGAUAAAACUUCUACCGGCAGUACAUGUCUUACUGCAAACUGUCGUGCUCCCGUCAAGACGUCAGCCUAUUCCCCUGUCCCCUCUGAGCCCCUAACUCAGACUUCGAGCUCCCAUUCUUCGUUCUCAUUUGCAGAGGAUGGAGGAAGCGGCAGCCCACACUCCAACCUGCAACACUUUGACUUCUCCCUAUCCCCUCACUCUGGCUGUAUCUCUGGCCUAUCUCAGUGCCUAACGGGCAAGGAAGAGCCAAGGGACCUCCAAAGUCGAGAUGUUAUUUUUUCUCAGGGUUGCACUAACAUCAAAAGUGAGCAAGGAUUUGGUGCCAGCGGUGGAAACUCCAGCGACGAGUCGGGGUCUUUUUCAGAAGGAGACAGUGAAAGUGGUAACAGAGUAUCUCGACCUGAGGUAAAGCUACCUUUUCCUGUGGACCAGAUUACCAACCUACCACGCAAUGACUUCCAGAUUCUCAUCAAGAUGCACAAACUGACCUCAGAGCAGCUGGAGUUCAUUCAUGACAUUCGUCGACGCAGUAAAAACCGCAUUGCUGCCCAGCGCUGUCGCAAACGGAAGCUGGACUGCAUUCAGAACCUUGAAAGCGAGAUCCGCAAGCUGGUGUGUGAGAAAGAAAAACUGCUGAGUGAACGCAAUCAACUGAAGGUGUGUAUGUCUGAGCUGUGGCAGAACCUCUCCUUCCUCUCCCAGCAAGUUUGCAGAGAUGCGCAGGACAGCCAUUCCCCUCCUGUCUCCACCAGUAUUGACCUCACAUCCACCCUGGCAUCACUGGCUGCUGAUGAGGCUUCACACCACCCAAAGUCACUUCAAAGAAACGAAGUUGUAAGUGUAUCAGACGUCGGUCCCGAUUUAGGGGAGCUGAAGAAGGGGCAUCCGCGGGUGGAAGUUUGUGGUCAGGGUAACCCUAAAGGCCCGCUCGUGUUUGCACCAACAGAGGAAAUAUUCGGUCCCGCCGUAACUGUGGAUUUCUGUCAGGAAAUGAUAAAUAAAUGCACAACAGAGGAACAUAAGAGACAUGACAGUACUUAA